CCUCUUUGAAUCAUUAGCCACUUCUCUCUCCUGUGAACACUGAGUGGACAGAGAGAGGUCACAGCAGCAGAGAGAAGCUCAGCACCAUGGACGAGUCAACGGGCAAGAAAACAGUGGCUGUGGUGGGCGGAGGUUUGGUCGGAGCUCUGAACGCCUGUUUCUUUGCUAAAAGAGGCUUUGAUGUGGAAGUCUUUGAGUCUCGGGAAGAUAUCCGUCAGGCUAAAGUGGUGAAGGGACGAAGCAUCAACCUGGCUUUAUCUCACAGAGGACGACAAGCACUGAAGCAUGUUGGGAUGGAGGAGAAGAUUGUGUCCCAGGGGAUCCCCAUGCAUGCCAGAAUGAUCCAUUCCCUGAGUGGGAAACAGUCCCCGAUCCCUUACGGCAAGAAAGGCCAGUUCAUCCUGUCAGUAGACCGAGCCAACCUGAACAAAGAGCUGCUGACAGAGGCAGCGACGUAUCCAAACACAACGCUGAACUUUGAUCACAAACUGCAGAACUGGAGUGCAGAAACAGGGCUGAUGACCUUUAACAGGCCGGAUGGGUCCGAUAAGCAGAUCAAGGCGGACCUGAUCGUCGGCUGUGACGGAGCUUUCUCCGCCGUCCGCAAGCAGUUCCUCCGCCGCAGCCGCUUCAACUACAGCCAGACCUACAUCCCCCACGGAUACAUGGAGCUCACCAUGCCCCCCAUCCACGGAGAGUUUGCCAUGAAGCCCAACUAUCUGCACAUCUGGCCACGAAACACAUUCAUGAUGAUCGCCCUGCCCAACCUGGACAAGACAUUUACCUGUACCCUCUUCAUGCCCUUUGAUGAGUUUGAAAAGGUCACCACAGGAGAUGAAGUCAUCGAGUUUUUCCAGAAAUACUUCCCCGACACCAUCCCGCUAAUAGGAGUUGAAAAUCUCAAGACGGAUUAUUUCCGGUUGCCUGCUCAGGCCAUGGUGUCGGUCAAGUGCUCCCCGUAUCACAUCGGAGACAAAUGUGUCCUGAUGGGGGACGCCGCCCAUGCUGUGGUGCCGUUCUACGGCCAGGGCAUGAACGCUGGCUUUGAGGACUGCAUUGUCUUUGAAGAAAUAAUGGCUCAGCUCAAUGAGGAUUUCAGUGCCGUCCUGCCUGAGUAUACCAGAGUGAGAGUCCCAGACGACCACGCCAUCGCAGACUUGGCCAUGUACAACUACGUUGAAAUGCGGGCCCAUGUCAACUCCAAAUGGUUCCUUUUUAGAAAACAUGUGGAUAACAUCCUCCACUGCCUCAUGCCCAGGACAAUAACUCCACUUUACACAAUGGUCACUUUCACCAGGACAAGAUACCACGAGGCUGUGGAGCGCUGGCAAUGGCAGAACAAAGUAAUAAACCGUGGUCUGCUGCUCAGUGCCACUGGAGCAGUUCUGGGAGGCUCCUACCUGCUCAUUAAGAAUCCUCCUGAUAUCAACAGGCUGGUGAUCCCCGCUGAGAAGAUGUGGGCCCGGCUCGGUGCCCUGUGGACCCCCGAGCACUGACUCUCAGACCUCAGCAUCAAACACGAGAACUGAGAGGAUCUACAUUUAAUUAAAGUUUGAUUGAAGCCUUGAAUGAACACAGUGAAAGCUCUGCCAGGCAAAUUAAUACAGCAUAAUAAUGACUGUUGGAACUUACACUUGUCAUAAUGAUGGAUAAUAUAAUUUUACAGCAUUCCACUAGUGUUUGACUGAUAAUGGAUUUGAUUAUUUUCUUGCCAUCAUCAUCUUUUGUCCAAUUUUCAAUGUGAAAAUAAAACUGUCAGUAUUACACUCACAGGCGAGGCCACAUUCUGUAAGCCUUUAUAUAUAUAUAUAU